UUUAAGAAAUCAUUUAUGUUAAAUGGCUUAUAUCUCAUAAAUCUGUUAUUAUAACUAUUCAGGAUAUUAGCUUGUGUUGUAAAAGCACCCAUAUACAUUUUGGGUAAGCAAAAAUAUGAGAAUGUGUACAAUUUAUUGACAAAAUGUUAUUGUCGCAUUUUAAAAGAUAUAUGUAAAAUUUGUUUAAACUGUUGGAUAUUGUAAUGUAUUCAGUUCUUUAUAUGAACCAUUCAGACCUCUAGUAAAAGGUGGGUUGAUUUUCCAUUUGGAUAUAUAUUGGAUCUUAAAUUAAUACUUACAUUAUUCCAUUUAAUGAAUAAAGGAAAAAAAACAUGGUUAUAGGAAGAAUGUUUUAUACUGUAGCCCAUACAUACACGAACAUUGCAAAGGUACUGACCUUGCAAAUAUUACAAUCUGCAACAUAUUUGGGUAUAAUGCAUAAAUGUUGAUUAAAUUUACACACACAUACACACACACCCAUGUCCCCCAUGUCAUUUACAUCAUAUUAUAAUUCAUCUUGUUGCCAAAGCUGAAUACUUACAAUAAUUAAAUAUUAACAUUUACUAACAUUAUUUCACAUCUAUAUGAAGUCAUGUUGUAGAUGGACUAUUUUAGAAGUAUAUUUUAAAAUUUACUCACACCAACUUUUAAUUUAAACUGAAGUUUAAAUUAAUACAACUUCGUUGUGAAUACAACUAAGAUUUCCAGUACAUUUGAAAGGUAUAUACUGUAUAUAAAAUAAAAACAAUUGAGUUGAACUUAGCUUCUGGACACUGCUAUGGACAAUAUCCUUCUCAGCAAUAAUUGAAGUGUGUUGUCACUAUUCCUUUGGGAUUUGUUUUCAGUCACUGCAUUCUUCUGGCACGUUAUUUUCACUAGGAAUUUUCUGGUCUCCCAUCCAAGAACCAAGCAGGUUGCAUCCUGAUUACUCUUUUAUUAACAUCAGUCAUACAUUGCCAUCUGUUUGGAUUUUAUGGUUUAGUACUAGAGGCUAAUUUAGAUUGGUAUUAAUGAUUUACAUUAAUAUAGUGAUAAUCCCCAUCUUAUCUUUUGAUAUAAUUUCUCAAUUAAAAAAGCUUCCUGUUAAUUUCUAUUAUUGUAACUUUGAAGAUAUAUAUAUAUAUAUAUAUAUGUUCUGCUGUUUUUAUAUUGGAGAUAUUAUCUAUGCAUUUAAGAAUUAUUAUUCAUAUGUAAAAUAAUAUUGUGUAAAUGACAUCUGAAUAUAAAGCUAAUAUUUUUUAAUUUUGUUUAGUGCAAUAUUUUUCAGGUAUAUAUUUAAGUCUAAUAAAUGCACUAUCAAUUUGAUUUUCUGCAGAAAAUUAAUUGAUUUUAUAUGCUUAAUGGGUCAGAAAUCUUUAUUUCUAAAAUACAUUUAUACACGUUUAAAAUGGUAGUUCUCUAAAAAGUCAUAUUGCAUUAUUUCAAAAUUUGGAAUAAAACAGACCAAGUAGCACAGAUUGCUGCUGCUGGAUGGUACAUUGUUUUUCCGUUAGUUCCUAGUUCAAAUGUCUGCGAAAAACACCACUUAAUCGCUCUUUUUGUGGGUAGAAAAAACAUUCACCACAUAUCCUCGUCUGAUAUUGCUGCGCGCAGAUUCUCUAACGCUUCCCAAUUCGGCGUCAAUCAAAUCGGCUUGCUCCAUUUCUAGAUGCAAAGGAUGGCGAGACGUUGAUUGAUUUCCUGACACCAUUACUCAUCUGAAAGCUUGUUUACUCUGAUCAGCUAUCCGCGGCUCUUCAAAACUGAAUCCGGGACGGCCAUCUGUUUGAGAAGCCACAGUUCUUUGUCAUGUGUUAACAUAUCCCGCCCCCCGCUCCCCCAGUUCUUAUCAUAGUGUUCAGUCCAAUUCGCUACGCUUUCAGUUUAGGUUUUGUGAACACAACGUGAAAGGAGGUCUAACUGUCUGAAAAUUCUGUCAUCCACGUUUUUCUUUGAAGACGUUUCGCUUCUCUAUUCUUGAAUGAGAAGCGAAAGGACCAAACUGAGUCCAAAUCUUCGGAAAGGAUCGCGGGAGAGCAGUGUACCUGCGAGGCGGGCAGGUGAACCUCUGAUUAACGCGAUACCGCUCAUUCAUUAUCUUUGGGCAGACGCCCUUCCCCCUCCCCGAAUGAACUUGCAGCAAAAGGCGUUAAACCGGCGAUCCGCGGCUCGCGCUUUUGCACACGGCUCUGGAUCGAUUUAUUUCCCGCCCUUUUCUUCUUUAUUUGUUCCAAUGCUUGGUGUCGUUACGCUCAGUGCUGCCGUUUGAGAGACUCCAAUGGUUUACAAAAAUAAAUCAACGAUGAAAACAUCCAUGAGUGAGAAAGAAGAAGAGAAAUCUUUUAAAUAUAAACUAUUUGUACCACCAAGACUGAGUAACACCCAGGUGUCUGCAGUCAAACCACAAUCAAGUACAAGGGAUGAGGGUUUUUUUCAGAAUUUUAGUAAUGGAACAGAAGAAUUUUAUAACUCAUCUUAUGGGAUGAAAAAUAUUUCAAAUCAUAUAGAAGUCAUUGACCCUUCUCCACAGAAAGUAAAGCUUGUGCCUGACAUAGAGCAAGAGAAUGUGGAGACAAUGAAUGAGCUUUAUUCAAGGCUUUACAAAGAAGCAGAAAAGAUCAAGAAAUGGAAAGUCAGUAUACAAUAUGAAUUAAUGGAAAAAGAGAAAAAAUUGCAAGAAAAUAGAAAGAUUACUGAAGCAUUGCGUAAAGCCAUUCAAGAAUUACAGUUUGAAAACGAAAAAUUAAGCCUAAAACUUGAAGAUGAAAUACAUGAAAACAAUGAACUUCUAAAAGAGGAUAGCUGGAAGUUACACCUUAUCACCCUUUAUUACACUUGUAUCACCCUUCAAUUGGAUAGGAGUGAGAAAACUUACAGUGAUUGGGAAAAGAGGCAAUAG